AUGGCAAAGGAAAGAAAAGAACGUAAAAGCUCUGGUGCUGCUGAAGACGAGUAUGACUCAUAUCUCCCUGCUCAAAUGCCAAUCGCCCAACCUUUGGCCCCCAAGAAGCUCAAUAAAAAAAUGAUGAAAACUGUGAAAAAGGCUUCCAAGCAAAAGCACAUCCUCCGUGGUGUCAAGGAAGUUGUCAAGGCCGUCCGUAAGGGUGAAAAGGGCUUGGUUAUUCUUGCUGGUGACAUUUCUCCCUUGGAUGUCAUUUCCCAUAUUCCUGUCUUGUGCGAAGACAACGACGUCCCCUACGUCUAUACCGUUUCGAAGGAGUUAUUGGGAGAUGCCUCCAACACCAAACGACCCACCAGUUGUGUCAUGGUUGUUCCUGGUGGAAAGAAGAAGGAUUUGGCCAAGGCCGAAGACUACAAGGAAGGUUACGACGAAAUUUUGAAGGAGGUCCCUGCAUUGGGAGCUUAA